AUGGAGUGUCUUCAGGAUCGCCUACCAGCCGUGUCGGCCGCACAAGCGCUCGAGGAUCUGAACGACGAUCCCUCACAAUGCGUGUCAACAGGGCUCUGCAAGCUCGACCGAGCGCUGUCAGCCACGCCAGAAAGUCUCCGACGACUGCGAACCGGUGACGAUAAUGUCCACCCUGCAGCCCCGUCCGGUGUACAUCGGGGCCAAGUUACCGAGAUUUGGGGCCCUCCCGGUGUGGGGAAGACCGCUAUGGGGAUUCAGAUUGCAUCUUCCGCCCUGUCUGAUGGACGCGGCGUAGUGUGGGUAGACGUCGCCGAAGCCGUGCACUCGAGGGAACGGUCGGGCAACAAGAAUUCAGGCAGGGGCAUCUCCGAUGAGCGUCUUGGACAGAACAAUGGCGAUGACUGGCCGUUCGUGCACUACACAUGCGCAAGCCUGGCGCACUUCAUCGCUCUCCUCUGUAGACCCGUGACGAAGAGCUUGCCAGCAAACACUGCCGUGGUUGUUGUGGAUUCACUUUCUGCACUUCUAAACGAGACAUUCCCCAAGGCACCGGAUGGUCGCAAGGGCUUCAAGUCUGGCAAAGGAUCCGGGCUCUCCCCAAGGCGACUGCAAACAUUACAGUACGUCAUUGGUGCACUUCAGAAGCUUGCUGCUACGCGAAAUUGCGCGGUGGUUCUGCUCUCUCAAUGCGCGACCAAGUUGCAGUCCCAUAAUCGUGGCGCGGCAUUGGUGCCCAGCAUCGGGGCCAGCGUAUGGGAUCAAGGGAUCCCGACCAGGUUGGUCCUAUUCAGAGACUGGAUGUGGAAGGAUGGGGCCCCCACAAACACCUGCUUCGUAGGGAUUCAGAGGCUCGCUGGGAAGAACCUCCCUAAUCCAGUUCGGAGGGUGGCUGCAUUCAGAAUCGAAUCGUCUGGGCUCACCGAGAUCGACUACGAUGAAGCAGAUCAGAAGCGGAUACUCCGUCUCGGCGAUGCCAAACCUCAGAUGAAGCGCAAGCUCGGGGUUACGAGGCUAGAGGUUCCUGACAGUGACGAGGACUAUGGAUGGGACUCGGACGACGAUGCGCAUCUGCCUCCCGAACCGCCACAAUGGCAGGGGAGCGAGGACCUCAUCAUCGGCACGCAGCGGAGCCUUGAUGGAGAGGACACCGAAGACGAUGCCGACGAAGAGGCCGAUCAGAGUCCCGAUCGGCUGGGCGCUACUGCCGAAGACACUCGGCAGUGA